CAAGUUUUUUCUUAGACGAACCUGUUCAGUUUGACUAUUCCGAUAAAUACGCCUCACCCCUAAUUCUGAUUUUGACAUGUCUAUGCUAACCAAAUUGAAAUCUAAUCAUAACAAAAAAUUGUUUUAAAAUUAAAUUACGGAGACAUUAAAACAUUGCAUAAAAAAAAAACUAUGACAACAGUGUAUUUUUUCUUAGCUGUGAUGUUUGCUCACGGUAAUUUUGCAGAUUAUCGAGAUGGAAAGGAAUUGCCUGUAACAAGCUAUAAAUUAAAAUACAAUGGUGAGGGGUAUUUGUUUGCGAAUCCUAGUAUUUGUACGAAAUUACUUGAUGAAUUUGCGGAUUCUGCAUCUAAUUUUACAAAAUGCUCAAUCAAACAUGCGAGACCGAUAAGACUAUGUGAAAAAUGUAUUGAUCAUUAUGUAAAAUUUCGUGAGAGCUAUAAAAAUUUACUUCAAACCAAUUUAAAUGGAACUUCAUGUGAAACCAUCUUUAUUUCUCAUGAUAGAUUAGAGGUGGUUUUGAAUUAUCAUGAUAACAUAUUAGCUAUUUGGAACAAAGGAAAUUGUAAUGAUUGUUUUAACUGGACUAAAGAUAAACCAGAAAUUUCAAAUAAAACUUACCAUUUUUAUCAAAUUUUUAAUGAAACAAUGCAAUGUAUUGAAGACAAUAUAAAUCCCAAAGAGAAUAGUACAAAAGUGUGUGAGAACUGUAUGCAGAGCUACAUACAGCUGAAUAACUAUUAUGAAUCUCUUAGUUUUGACAGAAUAGGGCUGGAUAUUAUAUGCAUGGAUGUUAUUGAUUCUAUGAAUGCAACUAGAUCAAUAUGGAGCAAAAGCCUAAACUGUUGUAAAUUGAGAAAGUCUCCAGAAAUAAUAUUUUUGUGUUGUUCUGGAAUUAUUGCAUGCUUACCAGUUUUGUAUUAUAUUAUGGUGAAAUAUUGUGGACCAAUUAAGGACUUACCUAAUAUUUUAAAGCAAUCAAGAUUCAAACAAAGGAUAUUAAGAACAGUUAAUGGUAUCAAUUAGGUCACAAUAUUUUUAUGUAAAUCAACAAUUCAUUAUUUAUUUUUAUACAAUAACAUUAGUUAAAAAGAA